CUUGGCUCAGUUGGCUGUGGCCGAAGUGAAAGCAGCUCAGACGGAAUCAGACUGCAUCAGAUUAAAAAAUUAAAUAAAACGCCCGACUUUCCGAGUCAACCGUGAAAACAGUCCAAGAUACUCCUCUAAUACGGCGAGGGGCCCCAACAUGUCCGAGACAUACGACUUCCUCUUUAAGUUCUUGGUGAUUGGCAGCGCCGGGACGGGGAAAUCCUGUCUCCUCCAUCAGUUCAUUGAGAGCAAAUUCAAACAGGACUCCAACCACACCAUUGGUGUAGAGUUUGGUUCCAGAGUGGUCAAUGUCGCAGGGAAGACAGUCAAACUGCAGAUCUGGGACACUGCCGGCCAGGAGCGCUUCCGCUCUGUGACGCGCAGCUACUAUCGCGGAGCAGCCGGAGCACUUCUUGUCUAUGAUAUUACCAGCCGUGAGACGUACAACGCCCUAACCAACUGGCUGACAGACGCACGCACACUAGCGAGCCCCAACAUCAUCAUCAUCCUGUGUGGCAACAAGAAUGACCUGGAGGCCGAACGAGAGGUCACCUUCCUGGAGGCGUCACGCUUCGCUCAGGAGAACGAGCUGAUGUUCUUGGAGACCAGCGCUCUAACAGGGGAGAAUGUGGAAGAGGGCUUCCUCAAGUGCGCUCGUACCAUCCUCAACAAGAUAGACUCAGGCGAGUUGGAUCCAGAGAGGAUGGGCUCCGGCAUCCAGUACGGGGACACUUCGCUGAGGCAGCUGCGACAGCCGCGAGGCAGCACCGCACAGAACAAGCAGCAGUGUAGUUGCUAGGGUUCCGCAUUUCUUCCCACCUCUCCAUUCAGUCCACAGGACAUCCUAUACAAGUCAGUGACUCCUUAUCAAACCCUUCUGUUCGAGCCAGUGGAUGUGUUUUAAGUCUCCUUCUCUUCUGUGUGUGUCAGCACCAGGUGUUUUGGGGUGUCGUGCAUACACCUCGGAGCACCUGGAUGAGUGGUCAAGGAGACCACUGCAACUCCUGAGCCUUGGGCUCUGGUAAGGCGUAUUUAUGCGUGAGGACACGCUGGAAUGGUCUAUAGUCCUUACCAGACAUGAACAAGUCAAGGGUUGUCUGUAUGCACUGUCCUAUUUGAUUAUUAUUAUUUUAUUAUUCCUGUGCUUCUCAUUCUGUUUUUAGUUUAAACACAUAGCUCGAAAUUUUGCACAUCUGUUGUUUAUAAAUUAUAAUCGUUGAUUGGCGCAUUGCUAGGUGUGCCCCCUUUUGAGCAUGUGUUGAUAUUUUCAAUGGAAUUACUGUAUUUAAAUAGGAGAUUGAAUAGUGUCGCAAAAAUGACUUAGAGCUUGAGAUUUGGUGUCAAAUUGCACUUUUAUUACAGAGGAGUAUUGGCCUUGUUUCAAUACAUUUUUGAGAGGAUUGGUGUCAUUUUGGAUCUUCAGGUUGCCCAAUCCUGGCCUCAAAGCACAAAGGUAGAGAUAAUGCUCCAGUCGGCCCAACUUUAAGUUGUACUGACGGACCUCCCAAGUCACACUCCUCUUGCACAUACAGACGUCACAGGAAGCCACAUUUCCCACACUGCCCUCAAAAUGGUCGUACAAGAGCGAGUAUUUUUUUUUUCGCUUUCCCUCCCCAAGCACAAAAGCAGCUCCAAGCUCACAAGGGGGAAUUUCCUUAUCUUCUGCACCACAGCGAGCAAGCUUUGUGAGGUUGCUGAGGCUGCAAGGGUGAGAAAACAAAAACCCGCCACUCGAGGUCAGACUGACCUAAAACUUAUAAAGGCGUGUAUAAUGUCGUCGCCUCUCGAGUGUUUGUGCGCUCACACAUACUCAUUUUUAUCAUCUCACGUUAGCCAGCCAGCACAUUUGAAGCAAAAGGAUGGGGAAUCACGCAAAUGGGAGAUAAUAUAACUAUAAAUGCACAGUAUAUCAAGAAACUGCUUUCAAUCAUUGUAUACGUUUGUCUCGUUCUGUAUGAAAGAGUAUUAGGAUCACACUGGCAAGAAAAACAGUGGUGAGAAUAGUCAUAAUUUUACAAGAAAACAAUGUGAGUGACAAUUACCGUAAUAUCUAUAUAAUGCCCCCCCCCCCCAAAAAAUUUUUUGUCAAAAGUCAAUAAUGCGCAUUAUACAUAGGUAUAUGGCCAUGUGGAAAAAUAGUUUCACAUUUCAUAAAUGUAUGCCGCCCUCUAGUGGUUAUGAAAAAGCUGUACCCUUUCAUUCCAAAAUGCCACCACCACCUAGAGGUAAUGGGAGGUGUACACUUGCAUUCUAAUAUGCCACCGCCACCUAGUGGUUAUUAAAAAAAAAAGGUGAAGCCUACACUUUCAUUCCAAUAUGACAGGUACGUAUUACUGCAUGUACGUACAGUUCUGCUCAUAAGCUUACAUACGCUGGCAGAAUUUGUGAACGUUUUAUUUUUUAAAUAUGAGUGAACAACAACCAUCAUUAAUUUGGUUAUGUUAUGUUUAAUGAUAAUGCUUUUCGGAAAUGCUUGGCCAUUUAAUUUGAAUCCCAUUAAAAUAAAAUUAAAUGUUUCGCCCCGGCCUUCGUUUUCUUUAAAGAAUUGUACCCAGCUUACAAAUCCAAAAUUAAAUACAUUUUUAAAAAAGUAUUACAUGUUCAAAUAAAGCGCUUCAGAAUAAUUCUUUGGGGGAAAAAAAAAACUAACAAAAUACAGGUAAUCAUGUUUCGAUCAUAUGGGUAGAAGCAAAAUCCUGCAUUGUAAAAAUGCAUUAUACAUAGGUAGAAGGGUUUUCCAGAAUUUGGAGGUCAACUUUCGGGGUGCGUGUUAUACAUGGGUGCACAUUAUACACGAGAAAUUCCAGUAAAUUGAGUGGAAAUGGUUGUUUGUCGUUUAGUGCCCUGCGAUUGGGUGGCAACCAGUCCAGGGUGUACCCGCCUCUUGCCCAAAGUCAGUUCGGAUAGGCUCCAGGUCACUUGCCACCAUUAUGAGGACAAGCACUGUAGAAAAUGGAUGGACGGAUAUGUAGUCUAUUCCCAUAAAUUAUGAUUUUUUUUAAAAAAAAUUUAUUUUACAUUAUUCCCAUAACGUCCCAUUUUCCACUCCUACUGUCAUGACUUCUUUCUGCCUUUUUUCUUUUCAGUGUGGCCACAACUCUUCUUCAUUCCUUCUGCAAGUGCACUUUUACUUUUCAGAUGUUUUGUUUAUAUGCUGUGACUAUAGAAUUGUACAUUUUCAUUUGACUUUAAACUGUAAUAAAGAUUUUAACUGUAGAUUUCAUUAUUUCUUACGAAGGAACAGCUGAGCAUGAUGUUGAAUUUGACUGGAAAGGUGCUUUUUUUGUGUGUUCUGAAGAGUUGUUAAACCUGCAGCCAUUAUUUUCUGAUGUCAUAAAGUCUGCAUUGAUACACUCUGUCAUUGCUUGGUAACAAAUUACACAUAAUUUUAAAUAGAACUGUAUUCCAUCUGUAAAUAACAGUUGUCUUUAGAUGGGUGAGUGUUGCUCAUUUAUUGUAAUGAUUAUGCAAUGCCCAGUAAAUCUGCUUGUCAUUUUCCAGUCAAAAAUCCAGCACCAUGUCAUUUGAUGUCUCUGACCACAUAAACGGGCUUCCUUCUUUAAACCACAAAACAUAAAUCUCAAUGGUUGUAUAGGCACGCCCUGAAGUGUAACAAUGGGUUCACAUCGCCUUGCACAGUGGAGCAGUUUGUCUUAAGAAGCAGCAGAGCGAGGUUAUAAUAUUACAGGGCUCACAUGAUGAACGGUAAAUGGCCACCACGGUGUCCCAAUUGUCAUGAUCUAUAUGCUCCUGUUUUGGUUCAGUUACAGCCUGUGAGGUUUUUUUUUGGAGCUGGUGUGGAUCUAUCUACUGAUUUAUCGAUCUUGGGCAGGCUGUCGCGGUGACCUCAUGAUUCAAUUGCACGAGAGAAGUGUGAUGCUAACAGUAAGCCACUAGAUAGUGCUAAAGCACCGGAUUGCACACGUACUACGUUAUUGCUAUACUAAUCCCAGGGGCAGCUGUGGACUAGUGCUGUUUUCCAACUAGGCGCAUAAUUUACAUCAGGAUACAUCGCAAAACAAAAAUGUCAGAAAAAGUGAAUGUGCAAGUUAAUUGCCACCUAGUGGAAGAACAUGUUAAUUGUUCUGCUAGUGUCGCUGGCACUGCCAUAGAUGAACAAAAUUGUUACUUUGAGUCUGUCCCAUUAUUUCCACAACGCUACAGACCUGCUAUCAGUUGGUAUUAAGUCAAUUAUUAAAAACACAUGAUAUUGUUGGCAACUUAAAAAAAAACACUGACAUUUCAUUGUUUGCUGUACUAUUUGCAACUGUAACUUGACAUCUUUAAAAGUUCUCUUAACCAUAGCAUAAGAAGCAGUUUGUGUGGUUGUAAUAUUACCACUUUAUCCUCAAUAAUACUGAAUAUGGCUAUUUCCUUGUCAAAUUUGCUAUUAAUCUAAAAAUAAAAUGUGAUUUACUGUGUUUUAAGCUUUAUUUCAGUGAAAAAAAUUUCCUCACAGACUCAUGCUCUCUAAUUCAAAAAUAUUUUAUCGCAAAAUGACACCUUUUUCCUUCUUCUGUUAUGACUUGUUAGUCCUUUAGUUUUCUUUGCAGUUUGGCCCCAACUGUGGCCUAUGUGGGGAGAUAGUCCUAUGGGCCGUGCAUACUCAACCACAUGAACUUGAAACCUUGUCUAGGAAGUUUUGAAGGCCCAUUGUUUAGGGGUAAUACAGCUCGGGGGGCGGGGGGUUAAAAAAAUGGUAUUUUGACCAUUUUUCAUUUUCUGCAAAGAAAUGCUCAAAAUAAAUCUUUAGGACUUAUGUUGUCAGUAGCUUAUAGAAUAAAACAAUUUUAUUCAAAAAUAUUCCUAAAAAUAGCUAAAUCAGAGAAACUGAUUAUUUUGCAGUGGUCUCAUUUUUUUACCUCUCCCCCAGACCUGUAUAACAGGCAGUAAUUGUGCUUCGGACCGCAAUUACAAAGGCAACACUAGGUGCUUUUGCACCAAAAUUACACACAAGGUUCCUAUUUCCAAGGUAAUGUUUCUGCUGUUCAACAUUACUGCAUUUUUUCAUACUUCCAGAAUGUAAUGUACUAUAAACUACAAGUUCCUGAUCACUUUGGUCCAAAUGUGACUCUUGUGGAAUAAAAAGGAGUACCUACAAAAAAAAUUAUCUUGAGAAUAUGUUCACUUGCAAAUGUACAUAUGAAAAAAAAAAAAAAAAAAAAAAAGAGAGAGCCUUAAAC